AAUAAUUGAGAAAUCUCACGAUACCCAUACACUUCCCAAUGGUCCACGACUCUUGGUAGAAAGCACACGUUGCCGGAGUCGCUCGCGCACCACAUCUCUCGAAGUGCCAAAGUAAAAGAAUAUUGUGGUUAAUUCUUGUGCCAGUGUAAUUAUUUGCUUUGAAGUUCCACCAAGUUUAAAAUAAAAAUCCCAUCAGGAUGGAUUUUAUCCUGUCCAAGAUCAUAAGUCGCCCACGCAGUGCACCUGAUCCGAAAGGGUGUGACGUAAAAACAGUGGCCAAUGGCAAUAGUGUCGAGUCACCACAGAAGACGCAGCAGUUGAAUUGUGAGCACGAGAUUUUGGAGGAAAAUCACAAGAAAAUUGUAGUGAAGGAAUCAGAGAAAAAAGAAGUUUUGAAACAGUCAUCAUUGAAUUUUAUUAACAAUCUUCAGCCGGAAGAGACAAUUUGGAGAGGAGAAGAAAAAAAGAGAGAGGGUUUUGAGGAACAUUUUCGGGAUAGUGGAGCAAAUUGUAGUGCACUUUCGUCAGAUGAUGAGGCAUUUGUUGAGUGUCAUUCGUAUAUUGGGGAUCAAACGAUAGAUAAUCCAUUGGUACUUAAUACAACAGAUAAUUUAAAUGAGAAUUUUAUUGAGAGAGAUUCACCAGUUGAGGAACAUUUGUCCAGUACUUUUGAUAGUGGCACUGAAAGUAAAAGUCCAGGAAAUAUUGAUGUGAAUCUAAUUGCCACGGAAUUUGUGGAAGAGAUUGUUUCACGUGCACUGGCCAUUGUUCCCGGAAACGGUGAAGAGAGUACAGAAGAAGUUAAUAAAAGUCCCAAUCUGGAGGAAUCUCAAGAGAAUUCUCUCAAUAAGACAGUUGUUGCAGCAGAUUCAACAUUAAUUCUCGAUGAACAUUCAGAGAAGAAAAAUACUUCUCUGGAUGAUGAAAUUGUAAAACUGACAGAAAAUCUGUCGAAGAUUAAACUUCCGGAACAAAGUGAAGAGGAAGAAAUUUCUCAGAGGAAAACCCCGAUAAAUUUAAAUGGGACUUUCGAUGUGUCCAUGAAAAGUGUCGAAGAGAAUCUCAAUGGGACUUUUGAAUCGGUAAAAGAAAUCCCGGAAAGUACCUUUGUCCCAACUUCGAAUACAAUUGAUUUGGUGGGAGAAAAAGUCCAGGAAAAUCCCGUGAAUACUCUUGUUACAAAUUCAAAUGUAAUUGAUUUGGCUGAUGAUAAAGUCCAGGAAAAUCCCGAAAGUACUUUUACUGCCAAUUCGAAUGUAAUUGAUUUAAUUCAAGAUAUUAUCCAGGAAAAUCCCGAAAGUACAGUAAUCAUUGAGAAGAACAAAAUGCCCGAAACUGAACAAAAUCUCAGUCGAAAUGAGAGUUUUGAUGAAUCUCCAGCAAGAGAUUCACCCAAAACACCUUCAGUGUCAUCAUCUUUCAACAAUUUGAACAAUCAACCGGACAGUGCCAGUCACCCAUCGAAUACUUUUGUGGAGAAUCUCAUCACGGAAAAUGUGGAUUUUGCCUUUAAAGUGCCAGAAUUGCCUGGAGAUGGUGCAACACAGAAGAAACUUUUUGGCAAAGUGCAAGAAAAUGUUCUGGAAAAUGCCUUUACCGACAAUGAAUUUCAACCUGGGAAUGAAUUUGAAUUCACACAAUCAGAUUUGGAUUAUUUGUUGACGAGAGGUAAUCAUUGUGGUGAGCCAAUUGAUCGAAAUUCAGUUCUAUUGCGCUUCGAUCCACUUCUCAAUCAACCAAUUCCUGCUACGUCCCAUCUGAAGGCCUCUAUCAGUCGGCAACAGCAAAAGGCACCCAUUGAAGAGGUGACCGAAGAGGAGGAAGCACACAGUGAGACACCAAAUCUGGAGGAUACCGUGGCACCGUGCAUGUCGGAGAAUGAUGAAUUAGGAAGUGCUGUUAAUACUUCAGAUAAUUCCCUGGUGGCCACAACGUCCUGUGAAUACACAAAAGAUCUCAAUUCUGAGAGUGAUAGCUACAAGGAUUGCCUCAGUCACGCAUCGAGUGAUGCAACGAUGAGCGUCGACGUUAUCAAGGAAGUUGUGUCUGAUGAAGUUAAAUCUGUGGGCAAUAUUAAUUCUGAGGAUUCCUUUAAAAAAGAAUAUAAAAUGGCUGAAUUGGAGAAGAAAAUUAAGAAUGAGGUAUUGAAGACGGAAGACAUUGAGAAGAAGCUGAAGGAGGCAGAAGCUCGGGAGGAGGCACUCCUGAAGCGAAUUACGGAAAAUCAGAAAACCAUUACGAAGAUGACGGGUGUUCUGGAGGCGUAUGAAAAGACAAUUGCUGAAUUAAUUGCGGAAAAGCAGCAAAUAAUUGAGUCUUAUGAGAAGAAAUGCGCUGAUUUACAAAAUGAAAGAGAUCUCAACUUUACACAUUUGACUUCCCUAGAAGGAACAUUCACAGAUCUUCACGCAAAAUAUGAGAGAAGUAAGCAGAUAACGACAUCACUGAAGAAGUCUGAGGAGAGUCUCAUAGCUGAAAAGAAGCAAUGCUUUGAGAAUUUGCGACUUCAGGAGCAACGUUAUGAGAAAAUGAAGAGUCACGCAAUGCAGCAGCUCGAAUUAGCAAACAGCAAAUUGGACGUUCUGUCGAAGACUCACGCGCAAGAGACGGCCAAGCUGAAGGCGCUGCUGAAGAAGGAGGAAAUCUCGAGACUCUCCACGAAUGAGCAGUUGAUCCAGAAGACACGUGAGAAUGAAGAACUCGUGAAGAUUUGUGAUGAGCUUAUAAAUGGAAGUGCACCAACCAGUUAAAUUCCAUUGUCUUCUCUUCCUCAUUCAUAUUAUAUUUAAAAAGAAAAAAUAAAAGAAAGAAAAAACAGAAAAAUUAACUUAAUAUGGCAUAAAGAAUGAUUUAUUUUUUGUAAUGAGAAAAAAAAUUAUUUCAUAUUUUUGAGCAAGUAUUUUGCGUAUUAUACAUUAAAUUCUUAAUUCUCUGUACAAUAGCAUUCUCAGUUGAUUUGAGGAUUGAAGUAAAAUGUAGAGAAGUUUUUUCUUCAGUUAAUCCAUGAGAGCUUCAAAAGUUUGUUGCAAAAAAAAACGUAUAAAUAAAUUUCUUGUACAAUAUUGUUAUUCCAAGAAAGCAAAGGGAGGAAAAAAAAGAAAAAGAACUGUUGACAGACGAUAUUGUAUUUGUAUAUUAAUUUAAAUAAUUUCUAAUGUUAAGUAAUUUUUUUUUUAUCACAGUAUAAUUUGUAUUAACAAUUUAAUGAAAACUAAGUGAGAUGAUUGAGAGAAAAAAAAGUAAGAGAAUGUGUAAAAAAAAACUCUCCAAGUAAUACUUUACCCGAUUCAUUAAUAUGAAUGUGUAACUGAAUUUUUGCAUUGUGGAAGUCGACAAAAAAAAUAGUAUUUCAAUUGAGGAUUAUUCGCUUCGUGUUUAUGUUUCUUGGACGGGAUGGCGAAGGAGCCAAGUAAUCCAGAGUUCCAUGCAGUGGCAAAAAUUGGUGGGAAUUCCGUGCUGCUAUUUUAGAGAAGAAGUAAUCUUGUAUUAAAAAAAUGAUGAAAAUGAAGUGUUUAGAGAAUAUUUUAUCACGCAAGUAACUCACAAUACAUAAAAAACAACCUGCUAUGUAAACACAAUAUUGUCUAAUAAAUUAUUUUUUAUUAUA